UUAUCGAACCUCUCUCGCGUGUAAGCGACACAUUUGCAAGAACGAAUUGCGCUCCGUCAUUCUCGGUCAGAACGCCGAGGGCGACGUAUCUUCUUUCAAUCACUGUUUGUCGCAGGAUAGCUGAGAUUUGCUCUAUAUCGAUUGUAAGUAGACGUUAAUUUAUGAAACAUUUUUCUACCUGAGGUCAAAGAUCAUUCCAAUAUUCUCGAUAAUUUCUUUUCUCCAUCAUGACUCUAAAAUUAUAUUUUGAUAUGAUGUCGCAACCUUCGAGAGCACUGUAUAUAUUUUUCAAAACGUGUAAUAUACCGUUUGAAAAAAAGAUUGUGAACCUCGGGAAACUCGAACAUUAUACUCCGGAAUAUGAGAAGAUUAAUCCGUUCAAAAAAGUGCCGGCUAUAGACCACGAUGGCUUCAAGCUUAUUGAAAGUAUAGCAAUUAUGCGAUACGUGUCCAGAGAAUUUAAGGUAGAUGAUCACUGGUAUCCGAGCGAUUCAAAAGCGCAAGCGAAAGUAGAUGAGUUUAUUGAAUGGCAACAUCUCAAUACAAGACUACAUUGUGGCCAAUAUUUCAUGAUGAAGUUCUUAAAUCCGCUUCUACGGGGUACCUCGCCGAAGCCAGAGAAGAUAGCUGAAUUGGAAAAGGCUAUGAGCGAUAAUAUCGAUCUGAUUGAAAAUAUAUGGCUGAAAGAUAAGCUAUACUUAACAGGAAAUACAAUUAGCGUGGCUGAUAUAUUUGGUGCUUGCGAAUUAGAGCAACCACGAAUAGCCGGAUAUAAUCCGAGAAACGGGAGGCCACGCUUGACCGCCUGGUUGGAAAGAGUCACUGCGGAGACAAAUCCUCACUAUGAUGAUGCUAAGAAGUUUAUAGAUAAAAUCAUUGCACAGGCAAGCAAGAUGUAAAGUCAAACCUUACUAAACUUUAAUUACAUACAAAUAUGUCCA